GUAAGAAGUAAAAUCAAGAAAUAAGAAUGGAAAGUGUCCUCAGAAAAUGGUGAAAUUGACCUCGGUCUAGUCGCGGUUUUGCUCUGCUAAAAAUCCUCCCGAACCAAAUCGUCAGCCUCGUCAAAGCCAAACCAAGAUUUCGAUUUCCUGUGACCCUCUUGCCUACCACCAACAAAGCACAAAAUGAGUGCCAAAAUCGAGAAAAUCAUCGUGCGAUUACAGGGCAAAAUCACAGAAGGACAAUUCUACGAAGCCCAACAACAAACCCGCGUCGUCGCAGCCCGCUACGUCAAAUCCGAAUCCUGGGACGCGGCGAUAGAUAUCCUAUUCAAUGUCUCGCAAUCGCUGUUGAAGGCGGGACAAGGUGGCAGUGGCGGUGAUCUGGGCUUGUUCCUUAUCGAGACGUACAAGCAGGCGGAGUUGAAGCCGGAUGCGACGAGUAAGGGGAAGUUGUUGACGCUGUUGAGGCUGUUUGAUAGUGAGGAGCCGACGAGGAAGAAGUUUAUUGGGGAGAUGAUUGCAUGGUCUGCGAAGUGCGGGGAGUAUCCUGCUGGAGAGCCUGAGUUGCAUCAUGUUGCGGGAUCUCUGUAUGCCGAAGAACAGGAACCGUAUGAAGCGGAACGACAUCUUACACUGGGGACGAAGGAUUCUCCAGAGGUGUUUACGAAGUUGGAGUAUGAGUGGUAUACCCAGGACGAUUCGCAUACAGCGGCUCAGUAUGCUGCGAGAGCGGUGUUCCCAUAUCUGCUUGUUGGCAAUGUGCGCGAUGCUACGAAAUCACUGCGAUUGUUUACGAGUCGAUUGACGGAGGCAAAUAAGGGGUUGAGCGUGCAAGAUGUGAGCAGCAAUAGCUCUGAUAUGCGGAUCUAUCCCAGCCUGCCGCUACUUAAUUUCUUGGGUUUGUUGCUGCUAGCUGUGCAGAAGGGAAGUGCGGACCUAUUCAAGCAGUUGAAGAGCAAAUAUGCGCCGUAUAUCAAGGAAGUGGGAAUAUGGGAUGAGGCUUUGACCUCAGUGGGAGAGAUGUACUUCGGUAUCCAAAGACCAAGACAGGGUAAUCCUCUCUUCGAUAUGAUGGGUAGCAUGUUUGGUGGAGGCCUUGCUCCACCGAAGCAGCAACAGCCAAAACGUGUUGGAACUUCAGCACCAGCAGCGGAAGGAUUGGAUUGAAUGUAAUGUCAUUCUGAAAGAUCAUCGCUAUGAAC